CGUCGGACGGGUCGCCUCUGUUUACGCCACAACGUGGAUGAAUGGUCUCCUCUGAUGACACUUGUAUGAUAGUUUAUUUUGUAUUAAUUAGGUAGUGUCGACAUUUAAAAAUGGGUAAGAAGCGUCCGAAUGAGGACGCGGCGGAGCCCAACACGGUGGCCAAGAAAACGAAGAUGAUAGAGUUUAAUGGGACUCUUUUUAAAAACAUGCUGAAGGAUCCCACCACGGCUAUGAAGGGACUUCAGAUGUUCAUAUCAACUGCCAAGAAGCUUCCAUCAUCCGACUUGUAUGAUGUAGUUGAAGGUUACAUUAAAAUCUCCAUGGACUGUGCAGAAAUAUUCAAAUUGCUGGAAGGAGAGAAACAAACUGAGAGAGAGAUGGUGCUGAUCUUCGAGAGUCUGGAGGUGAUUCUGCUGAGAACUGCCAGUGACCUGUCCCACUUCAACAUGGUGGGCAACGCCAUCGUGAAAAAGACCGUUUCCAGUCACAUGAAGCUGAUUCAAGGCUGCUUUCAUUCAGAAAAUCACAGAUUAGUUCGUCUGUGCCUGAGCCUCCUGUCGGCUUCCAUAUCUCAAGGUCCCGAAGCUGCCAGAGAGAUCCUCAGUCACAUUUACUUCAAUAAGUCCCUCGCCGGGCUGGCCAGGAGAAAAGAUAAGAAGGGAGGACCCGACAUCCGCAUGGCCUUCAUCCAGUUUGCCCUCUCCUUUUUGGUCUCGGGGGACAGCGCGACAGUUGGACAGAUACUCGAGGUCAAAGAGCUUCUGCCCGAGAUUCUCAGCACGGGGCUGAAGGAGGACAGGCUGUCCAUAGUCAAUCUGAUCUUGUCCACGCUGAAGACCAGAGUUGUGUUAAACAAGGCCAUCAGCAAAACGCAAAAGGUGCGUUUUUUCACAGCUGCGGUGUUGGCCCACAUCGCGUCGCUGUAUAAAUGGAACGGGAUCGUGGACGUCACCGUGGAUGAGGACGACAUGGAGGAUGACUCGGAAAAUGCUGGCAUCUCGGUGGUGCGGGAAAUGGCUCACAAUUUCCUCCUAGAAUUGUGUUGCUCCCGAAAGUACGGCAUCAGCUUCCACGACGCUAGCUUCGGCACGGUCGGCAGAGCCGGCAACAUCGUGCUGCUUCAGUUCCUGGUGGGCCUGAAGCAGGCGACGGAGGACGAGCUGCUGGCCGAGCUGCUGGUCCGCACGCUUAAAGCCAGUCCGGAUGUCCUGACGCGAUACUUCAAGGAGACGCAGUACUCGUACUCGCCCCGCCUCACAAGUGCCUGGCAGGACAAUGUUGGGCUGCUCAAGAAGAUCUACGAGGCGCAGCCGGACGUCAGCGUUCUAUUCCAAAGCAGCGAGCUGGUUCCUCUCCCUCGCCUGCUUUCCAUGAUCGCGGUGAUCUCGCUGCCUCCCGUCUGCAACAAGGCCUUCUUCACGCAGGGCCUCAACUUUGCCAACACGGCGGUGCAAAUCACCACCUUCAGCAUGAUGAGUUUCAUCUUGAAGAAAGUCAACAAGAACAUCGAGUUCCUCGCGGACCACCGCUCAGACGUGUACACGCCGGACACGAUGGCCGACCUGGUGCAGCAGUACAGAGAGAUGCUCUGCAAGAUUUUGCCCGAUAUGAUGAGCGUCGUUUCAAAGUGGCAGUCGCUCAGCAAGAAGGACAAAGGGGAAGGAAGUCAGACCAACAAGGGAGGGAGCGCACAACGACCGGAUAAAGAGGAGCAAGCCAGCUUAUUAGCUCCUGACACCCCCGAGUUCAUCCUGCUCAAAGCGCUCAUCCUGCAGGUGGUCGGUCUGUACCAAAAAGUUGUGCCGUACUUGGUUAUUUUUCCUGAAGGCAUCGUGUCAGAGGGAGGCGUGAACGAGGAGAUUGCCCCUGUCUUGCAGCAUCAGAUACUACAGCUGGCCUUAGACCUUCCUACCAGCAAAUUCUCGUGGUUCCGCCUUCAGGAAGCGGCGGCUGACAACGAGAAGUCCGUGCUCUAUCUACUCCUCAAGAUGUUUGUUGGCAGUCGCUGCGGCCAACUCAAGACCUCCACUCGGAUGCUUGUUGUUAAAGUGUUGAAGGACAGUGGUGUGUUUGAGCACACCUGGGCUGAACUGGAACUCUGGUUGGACCAGCUGGACCGAGUAGAGCCGAGCCAACAAGAGCAAGUCAUCCAGUUCUUGGAGAGAGUGUUCGUCAAGCUGGUGUGCCAUUCGCACACGUACACAGAUCAAAUCGCCAGCCUGGUGCAGGAGGCGGCAUACCAGCAGUCCAACCUGUGCAGCCAGGAGGGAGACGGCGCCAGUGUGUGUGUGUCCCACAUCGACGAUGUCCUGGACAUGCUGGACGUCAUCAUGGAGGGCAACGAAGGUGACGCCGACGAGUUCGGGCCACCUCUCAGUGAGGACCUUGUUGUUCAGACGUUCCCCUUCAGCGUGGCCGUCCCUGCCGCUCUGGAGGCCCGCAACAAACUUUCUCCAGACAAAGGGGCUGUUUUUGAGUACCUGUCGGCCGUGCUCUGUCAUGUCCUGCACAGCCAGCGGGAGCCGCUUCCGCUGUGCCUGGGUCUGCUGCAGUACGACAAAGAGUUGGCGUCCUCCGAGCCGCCCGUUACCGCACACAUCUCCGUCGUGCAGCUUCACCGAUAUUACUCCAAGUGGCUGCCGCAGCAGUGUCACGUGGAGCUGUUUAAAUCAUCAGAAUGUCCGCCAGACAAAACAUCGUCAUCCUUCACUGCUCUAUUGAAAGCGACAUAUCUGGAUGGCUUAAGUUCCGUGCUGAAGGACACUUUCGGGACAAAGGUGGAGGUUGCCAUCGCUUCCAUGUCGGCCGCUGACCAUCUGCUUUCUAUCAAGCAGAUUCUACUCUACAUCAAAUCAGCCGUGGACAACUUUGGCACAUUUACACCAAACACUGGCUCGGCCAUUUUGAAGAGCUUAAUGCAAUUGCUCCAAGAUCUGGUGGUCAAGCUUCAAAGCUGGCAGGUGCCCUCGGAGCCUCAGCCCACAGAACAAAACAACCGAGAUGGAUCAGACCUCUUCCUGGACGUGAACCAGUCCUCCACUGUUGAGGCCGACAAAGGGCAGAUGCUUCUCUCAGCCCUACGCUCCAUUUUCAAGCAUCCCUUCGUGGAGCAGUGGUAUCUGUCUCUGGAACUGGCCACCCUGCCCCAGCACUCUCUGAACUCUGUCCGACUGAAGCGCGUGUGCGCUCAGCUGAGCGAUGACAUCACCACCCUGUUGAAGACGGGUGCGCCCACCCUGCGUGAGCUGGGUCGCACGGAGCUUAUCGCACCCUACGCCGGUGCUAUCCAGAAAGCCGUACACAGGGAGCUGCUGGCGACCAGUUCGCAGACUCCCAAGAGUCAGUCCAGACCUUUCCAGGCCCUCCUCUCCUUGCACAGCUACAUGGACCCCUCCGAAGUGAGAGACGUGGUGUCCGCGUUACUGCUCCUCCCGCAGGAGAGGCUCGUUACCGCACAAGGCGAGUUGAGCGUCUACGGCCAGGCCGCGCUGCAGAUUCUCACCGAGAAUCAGAACGGGGACGACGGCCCCUUGCUGUCGCAGGCUCACCUGGGCGGGCUGGGCACGCUUCUGCUGUCCUGCUCCAGCCCAGCGCUGGAGGCCUUCCUGCUCCAGAUGCUGUCCGGCGAGCCCGGAAGUGCCCGGCUCAUCCACACCGACGUGCUGCAGCGCUGCCUCCGCCGCCCCCUCCGUGGCUCUCUGGCCAUCGCGGACUUGCUGAUGAGCAACUCCCCCACGCACCGCCUCUGCUUUGAGACGUGGUGCCUGCAGCCGGAGAACCUCCAGAACAUGACCGACAUGAUGGGAAACUUCCUCCCGCUGAUCAAAGCGUACUUGCUAGCGGCGACGAGGGAGGAUCCGGCCACGCCCAAAGACGUCCAAAAAACGGUUUUAAAAGCCCUGAAAAAGAAUCUCCUGUCCAAGUUGAUCCAGUCUGCUCUGAGAGACGUGACCCAAGCUGCCACCGUGGUUGAAGCACUGGCGGCUCUGAUCAAGCUCUCUGCAGACAUCGCUGACAUCAGGGACUUGAUGGAUAUCUUGCCGGAUGCCCUGCAGAAGGAGGACAGUUUUGAAAGGUGGCAGCUGGUCGACGUCAUCACGGAGAAGCUGCGUGACUGUCCAGAAGAAGAAGUAACGUGGAGGAAGCGGGUCACCACAUCGGCCCUCAAGUGUCUGAUCGCUUCUUACGGUCGCGGCAAAGAUCAGGCCGCAACCACCCCCACCCACGAGCGGAGCGUCUUGGAAAGACUGCAGAGACUCGUGACAUCAACUGACGAAAUCGCCACGGCCGAUUGGAACGCCUUUGUGAAGAACGGACUGAAGUGCCGCUACAACGAUGAGAAUUUCCUCAACACCCUGAGGAGCCUUUUGGAAGCGAUGUACCAGCCCAGCGACAUCGCAAACGAUCUAAUCCCGCUCGCCACCGUCCACAUGAUGACCAGCAGCCACUCCUUGUUCCUGCCCACCAUGUUGGACUCUGACGACGACGGCUCGAGCAGGAGGCAAGCCAAAGAAGCUUUGGUGUCACUCCUCCUCUGCUUGGUGAGGAAAUGUCCAACAGUGUGCAAUAUGAAUCAUUUCUUGGUACUUUUGGGAGCAUACGGAGCCACACUCAGCGAUACAGAUCAGACAAUACUGCUGCUCCUUCAGGAAUACGAAAAAAAUAAUGUCAGUCUUCUCAAAUUUCAGUCCAUUAUUUGGGGGCCAGCAGCUUUGGAGCACCACAAAACCAGGAAGAGUUUGGGAUCGUCUCUGUGGAAGCAGACCCACUCUGAUGACCUCUUAGCCUUGCUGGACGCUGACAAGAUGCUCCGAACCAUCACGCACUAUCCGCAGCGGCGCGGGAUUAUCCCACAGGCAGAUAAAGUGCAGCUGUUCUACUUCAAAGCUGUGAAAGAUCUCAGCGGUUUGUACGACCCUUGCUUCCUCCUCCCUCUCUUCAGCGCCAUCCUCCGACCAGAGUCUGUGGUGGACUGCUUCAAGUUCGCCUCGAGCCACGCCCUCGGCCUGACCUUGGCGGCUCUGAGCAGCUACGACACCAAGGUGCGAGCGGCGGCGUACCACGUGCUGAGCUGCUUCUACCAGCACCUGGAGGCCGCCCGCUUCAGAGAGAAGCGGCAGCUGCUUUACUUGCUGGACAUGGUGAAGAACGGCGUUCGCCAGCAGAAUCAGAGGCUUCCCUUUGUCUUGACCACGUACCUCAGCAAAGUGGCUCAGCUGAUGCUCAAACCUGAGGACUACAUGUACGUGGUUCUGAAUCGAUUCCUGCUGUCCCAUCAGAGUUUGGACAUGAGGAGGGUGCCCGAGUUCUUUAAGCUCUUCUACAGCUUUGACCUGGAGCACAAGACCGAGCGGGAGUGGAUCCUGAGCGUGCUGGAGGAAGGCAUCAGUGACGGCCACUGCUACGACAUAUGCAACCAGCAAGGCAUCUUCCACAGCCUCCUUGGCUUUGGCAGCGGCCCCUUGUGUGACGAACACGCUCAGGCGCAGAUCGUCCGGGUGUUAUGUCAGGCGGCACGUGUGACCAGAGCAGCGUAUGACCUGAGCAAAAGCUGCGGCCUUCUAACGUGGAUCAUACAGGUGGUUGAAAAAAGGAACCUUGAGCAACAUUUGCUCGGCUCCAUCAUAGAGCUGCUCCAUGUGUUGUGGUGGACAAAUCUUGGGAAGAAGGAGACCGCCACGGACAGAGGGGGGACCUCCACAUUGAAACAAGAGGCAGCAAAAUGUCUCCCGCUGCCGCUCAUCAACGAAUUCCUCUGCGUGGCUUUAGCCAUCACCCGCCGCUUGAGGUUGGGCGUGAAGGCCGACCAGCUCGGCGCACUGCUGCAGACCCUCUCGUCCGUACUCCGGCAUCGGACGAGCGCCAGCGAGCGAGCCGAGCGAAUGACGCUGCGCGCUCAGCCUGUGGCCUCGGCCGAGGCCCUCGCGCUCCUGCUGUGCUGGAGCACUCUCUCUGGAAACACGGCACUCCUGGACCACGUACGGAACUUGUGUGAAAAGCACAAAGUCAAGGAACUGACUGGAGGGUCCGUGACGGACAAGACCCGGGCUAAAGGCUCCCAAGGACGCACAGGAAUGGAGAAGCCGCCAGAGGACGCCGAGACAGAAAAACGACAGCAGAGUCUCCUAGCGGAGUGCAGAGAGUCUCUCGGCAGCAUCUUUAUGCACUGGCGACCGGCUUUUGGCCUCGGUCAACCACAAGGCAGCGAGUGUCCCAGUCAGCUGGCUGUGGACACGGCCCACCUGCUCGCCAAGUGGUCCCUCAGGUGGCUAGUGGAGGGCUCGUACGACGAGGAGCGCUCGAGGAGCUUUUUGCGCUGGCUGGAAGAGAGCGUGAUGGCGCACGAGGAGAUUGUUGAUGCGCUGCUGCGGGAUCCCGGCCCCAAGGCAGACCUGCUUCGCCUCUACCAUCGCGUCUGCCACACGCCCACGGGGGAAACGUUCCGCUUGUUCACCUCUGUCAUGACGCGCUUGCUGGAGAGGCGAGCAUCAUUUCCGGAGAUGCAUCGGGCAGUCAUCUCUGCUUGCCGGCCAAAAGGCACUCAAGAUGAAGCGAAAUGCGAAGCGGGCCUGUCUCUGCUGUCUUUGUAUGUGCACGAGGUGUGGGGCGGAGCCGACUCGCCACAACUCUUCCUGUCUCAUGUCGCCAUGGUGAUCGCAGGCAGGCGUGAAUCGGCCGUCAGAGCCGUCUGUCGGGACUUUGCCGCCGUGAAAACGUGAGCGCUACAUCGUAUCGUGUGCGUUCCCGUGUGUACCGUCAGGUUCAAAGGCGACUUUUUCAGGACCAAAGCAAGUUCAAUUUGUACACUUGAAAAAGGCCAUUUAUUGGCAUCCGUUUUCCAGGAAUGCCCCCUGUACAAUUGUAGUGGAAAUGUGACAUUUAACAGUGUUAACUUAUAAUUAACUGUUAACUUGUAUCACACAUUCUGCUACCUGUAAGUGUUGCUUUCCAAGUUCAUUGCUGUGCAAGGUUGUGUGUCAGACUUUUAACCCCUACCGAGAGGGAAAAAAAUGGUAUAAGAGGGGCCACACCCCACUGCUUGGGGAGUCGCUCCAUCGCUGAUCUGUAAAUGGUGUUUUUCCAUCAUUUGGAGCUGAAAUAAAUCUCACUGUUGUACAAAGACUUUCGUUGUCUUGGUUUCCCUGGACAAGACACGCUCACACUGAAUUGGAUGAUGUAUUUCUCCUUUGACUUCGGCAUCUGCGUCUCCUGCAACGAAACGAGACGGAUGUGUCGCCGGGGUUUUUAUGCACCAGAAGGAGCAGCACAAUGUCAACAGGUGUGGAACCAUGAAAUCAUAAUGCACAAACUGUUUCAUUCUUUGCCUGACAUUAAAUUAUGUUAUUGUUG